UUGAGCUCUCUUUCUGACGAUCAGUGUAGAUGUGCAUAUUUUUUGUGAGAUGGCGCGAGGGACGGGGUGAAGAUCGCGGAUUGUGUGGUGUAUUUGACGUGUGACUUCCCUGUAGGCAUAAUUACAUACAUCUAAGUCGUCUCCUCUGGUUGGACACCAGGGCAUACUGAGCUUCACGUCGUAUACAUGUACUCUUUUUCAAAGCAGCUCGCACGACUUUUCUUACGCACGAGGAUGUGACAAUGAGCACUCUCUAUGCAUUUCAGUGACGCUACCCAAGAAUGAAACUGAAAAUUUGGUUUUCCAGUUGGUAUGGUCCAUUCUUAAUCGAGGAAGAAAUGGGUUAGAUCUUACAGCAGUAUGGAUGUCCCUAUAUGCCCCAAUGAAUCUCUUCACAUUAGAGUAAGAAACCGCUUCACCGUGUCACUGCCGUACCCUUCUUGCAGUAUAAAAGGUCGCUGCAGGUGUUCCGGCAGCUGGGCCGCAAGCACAGUGAGGUGCUGGGAGAACAGCGCGCAGCCGCGGGCGGCAGCAGCCUGGGAGGCCCCCUGCGCUACCCGGACGCCAUCAUCCUCUGGCCGCAGUGCCAACAGGAGAUACUGGACGCUCGCCUGGACGCCCGCGUGGACGAGAUGAUGCAGCGUGGCCUGGUGGCCGAACUGGAAGACGUGCACCGCCGCUACAACCAGCAGCGCCUACUGGAGAAGCGGGAGCCGGACUACACGGAGGGCAUCUUCCAGUCGAUCGGCUUCAAGGAGUUCCACUCGUGGCUGGUGCAGCCGGAGGCGGCGCGGCGCAGCGAGCAGGGCCAGGCGGAGAUGCGGCGGUGCGCCGACGCGCUCAAGGCGGCCACGCGCCGCUACGCGCGCAAGCAGCUGCGCUGGAUCCGCAACAGGUUCCUGCGCCGCCCCGACAGGCAGGUGCCGCCUGUGUACGCCGUGGACACGACGGACCCCGGCCGCUGGGAGGAGCUGGUGGCGGCGCCGGCCAUCGCCAUUGUCAAUUCCCACCUGCGCGGGUUGCCGCCCCCGCAGGACCCGCUACCCGUGGAGCCACCGCUCGCGCACCAGGAGGGCACCUUCCACUGCCCAGACUGCGACCGCGUCUUCGUGGGCACCUUCCAGUGGCAAAUCCACCUGCGCUCCAAGAAGCACGCGCGCCGUGCCAAGAAGAAACCCACGCCGCUGCCGACCACAGCUCAAAAAGAGGGCACUGUAGAGGAGGGAUUGUCAAGCCAGGACUCCCCAGAACCUAUGCCGAAAGAGGACCCUCCACACGAGACGUCACCGAAAAAGGACCCACCAGAAGAGAUGAUGCUGAAAGCGGGCCCUCCAGAAGAGGUGGUUUCGAAAGAGGACCCCCCGGAUGAGAGUCUGCGAGGACAGGACCCUCCAGAGGAAAUAAAGCUGAAAGAGGAUCCUCCCGAGGAAGGGGUACCGAAACAGAACCUGCAGAUGGAAAACAUCACGAUGGAGGAGCCGCAGGAGGAAAUGCUGCGUACUGAGGAUGCUCCAGUCUGCGGCUCAGGUAGCGGACAACAGCAUCGAGGAGACGAAAAUGAAGCUGUUACUUCUGCAGGCGACCGUAAAAGUGCUGCCAACCUAGAAACAAAGCACCAGGUACAAUGUGCCGAAGAGGACAGUCCAUCUUCUGGCACUAUUAAUGGUACAACUAGCCCAAAGCAAGAGUAGAUGUGGACCAACAAGAGCAGCAAACAAUGCUGAAAUGUGCUGACACCUUUUAAACAGCACAUUCCUUAGCCAUAUAAACCUUAGUUAACUUUAAAUGCGCACAUUUUAAGUUAGGAUUUUCAGUGACUGUUAUUGACAUCGAAUGAAACAACGAGUUUUCUGUUAGCAGUCACUGUUUAUUUAUAUCCACGACACGUUUCAAAGGUUUAAACCUUCCUCAUCAGGUGGAUUAGCAUUUGUCAGUAUGACAUGUGUCAUGAUACAACACACGCAUAUGUCAUGCCAACAAAUGUAAAUCCAUCUGAUGAAGGAGGUUUAAACUUUUGAAACAGAUAAAUAGUGACCGGUAACAGUAAAUUUGUUGUUUCAUUCGAAACCUUAGUUAAUUUUUAAGAUCAGUCAUAGCCUUCGUCUCAGCACCAUAAUGUUUUUACAUUAGUGAUAUUGCAGAAUAACGAAUAAAAUUUUCGUUGCAUUUUCUCCUUAAACAGGUCCCCAACCGGUUUACAUUUCCAGGUUUCCUUCAUUUUCCGUUCUUUUCCAUCUCUAAUGAGGGAAGUAUACAUCCAAUGCAUUACCAGUUUUGCUCAUCUGUUACACGAUUGUAGUGCAUACGUAGGUGUAGCACAUACUGCUCUAGUACGAUGCACUUCUCAAGCGUUUCCGAGAAAUCGAGAUUCAAAGUUUUACGAGCCUUUUGAACGAGAGCGACAAUCGUCUAGCAGCGUCGUUAGCGGAACCUGUUAAGGCGGCAAACUAGAAUUGUACCUGAGCUGCAUUCGAAUCUCGCUGUUUUUCCCCCUGAUUAUCGACCCAGCAGUUUUGUCGUCACAGCGAAUAAUAUUUCUGGGGAAAGCAACAGUAAUAAUAAUAAUCACGAUCAUAGUGGUACAUUCGUGGUGAAAUACAAUAAUGAAUCGUGAUGAAAUGAACAUUUAUUUAUCGAUUCAUUCAUCCACUUACUGAAAAGUUAUCACACUGAAGUCACUACAUUUACGAUUAUUCUUAGUUACUGAUUGGCCGACAGAACUUGGUGUGCCAUCUGUCACAAAAGCAUGAAAUGCAUAGUACAGGUUUGCACACUUGAUGCAGUUGUCCACUGCACAGGACAGCUGUUAUGUCAUUUAUUUGGCCUUUUCAGUCACUCCAGAGACUGCAAAUAACGCAGGGCACAGAACCAAUAGGGAGUAUCCACUGGAGACGACUGCGUGCACUUGCAACGUCAGAAUUUAUUAAAAACGCCAAAGAAACGGUACUACGGUUGUGCACUUCAGUAGACAACUGCACCACGAGGUUAAUGAGUGCCACUUUCUGAAACAUAAAUUUGGUUUUUAAUAAUGACAGCGGAAAACACACGUCAUUAACUUUUUAUAGAAUAGCCAUCCACAAAUAAUUUUUGACACAAACCUUGCCUGUUUGGACAUAGGUACGAGUGCCGGAGCUCUCAACUGAUAUAGUGCCAGGAAGUGAAGAAAUCUUCGCCUGAUGAAAUUUCUGCCUGUCCUGCGACAGUACAGAAGCAGUCUGCAGUAAUUUGAGGAAAUUUUUGACUUGCAUAGCCAAGUAUACGUCCCAAGACAGCCUCAGUGUUGCCAUAAUUGUACCUCGCCCAGUUGUACCGCAGUGAUUAUCAUUAAUAUUAUUGUUGUUUCCCGCAGAAAUAUGAUUCGUUGUAACGAUGCCAGAGUUUAGUGGAAGAUUAGCAAAAAUGACGCGACUCGAAUGCACUGCGGACAAACUUACAGUCUGCCUCCUUCAUCGGCUGCGCUAACGCCGCUUCUAGACGGCUGGCGCUUUGGAAUGGCGUCCAUCACCUCCGUAAAAAACUUUGCACAACGAUUUCUCGAAAACAGUUGACAAGCUGACAAGCGCCAAAACUUUUCUAUGUAAGCUUGUCUUGUAAGCUGUUCAUUUCCUGUUACAUCUUUACCCAUUUCGGUUCAUAAGGUGACCCAAUUCGCCAAAUGUCUCUGGUCCAUGAAUGGCAGGCAGCCAGCUGAGUUCCUUCGUUGGAAGAAAUAUUGCAUGUUAAUUACAAUGUAACAGAGACGGUGGCAUACGCUUCUUCGUCACCAGCCAAAAAUUCGAUAUUCUGUACUAACUUUUAAGCUUCUGGAUUAAGCGUCCGUCAAAUACAAACACUAAGUUCGGCUGCAGCUUUGGUAUUCCUCUCAAUGAGACUAUAUGAUGCCUCUGACCAUCACUACCCCUUCGAAACAGUUCCAUAUUUGUCUACAGCAGUACAGCAGUACAAGAUUUAACACAUAUUCAUUUCAGUAUUUCAUUCCAUUGAGUUACAUAUCAAGUGCCAAAGCUAGUGCCAAACUAUUGUCACGAAGACCUCGAAAUGAGUGAUGCAACAUUAUCACCUCUGAGUACGUACGUCAUAUUUCGCUUUCCUCCAGUUCGUAGUACCAUGUCAUGUUGAACAUGAAUACUCAAUGCGAAACAAGAAACAACACUUGAGCGUAAUGAAUAUAUAAGCUGCUCCUUCUAUUAGACGACCAACAAUCUCACAUACAUUUUCAUCCCAACUGUGCAACUG